CAUUCCAAAACUACCUAUUGUGGCUCAAAUGACCCCUCACAUUCAGUCUAAACCGUUAGCUUGAACGAAAUAGAAGUAUUUCAAUAGAAUAGACAUUUUUAAGGAAAAAUUCUUUAGUAUCGGCUUUUUUGUAUAAAUCUUUUUUUUAUUUUGAUGUACAAAUUCAUUAGUGCAAAAGUUCAGAACAUUUUUAGAUCCGUUUUUUACGUGUAUAAUCAAGCAAAUAUAAUGAGCACGCAAAAUAUUUCCUCUCCGGGGGGUAGUGUUUUUGAUUGGUCACUUGUGGCAAAGGACUCGGCUACACUGGAUAUCGGUUUUUCCAAUUUUUUAAAUGAUUACAAGCUAGUUUGCGAUGAGCAUUUGACCUACGAGGAAAUAUUGGAUAAGGCUAAAUGCCGGUGGGCUGAAAUGACGCAGGAACAACGGAUGCAGUUCUUUCCGGAUGAUCUGAAGCAGAGCGUAAGCCCCAACUUGAUAGCCGGCGACCGGCUGGUGGAAGGAAACGCCACGGAAACACCAACAAUAAGUGACACUUCUACUUGUGGUUGUUACGAUACGGGCUUUGCCAACUAUGCUGAUCUUGUAACAAUGCGACUUACGGUUCUUCUUGCGGAUAAAUGGGAAGAAAUGUCCCAGAGUGAGCGAGCAGCGUAUGCUGGUAAAGAUAAUCACAAUGGUGCCGCCAAUGACUACGAGCGUGGCCACGACCCGCGAAUAUCCCAGAUGAUGAUUGAAAUGUUCGGGCACGAAUGUGAUCAUAAAAAUAUGAAAAUGAAAAGCCAGAAGGCCAAUCCCAAGUGCGCUAAGCCCGUAAAGAAAUGUUCGCAAAAAAGGAGAAAGCCGAAACCGAGAUGCAGCAAACCAAAGCCGAAAUGUAGUAGGCCUAAACCCAGAUGCGCCAAGCCUAAACCCAGAUGCGCUAAGCCAAAACCGAGGUGCGCCAAGCCGAAACCAGAAUGCGAUUUCUAGAUGCCCAACUAAAAAACUAAAUCAUGUUUUGGCACUACUUUCAAUAGACAAUCUUGGACCGCGAAAUAAAAACUAAACUAAUUGAA